GCGGGCAGCGCGGCACGCAGCUAGGUGACUGGCGGCGGGCACGCGCGGCUCCUACGGCCUGGCCGGUCUCGCUCGACGAGACGUGCAGUGUUGGAUCCACGGCAGGUGCCGGCAUGCCGGCUGACGAGGAGACAUACGCGGUGAUAGGUAGUGGUGGCGAGACACGGCGCCCGGAGAGCGCCGACCCGUGGGAGGAACAAGACCCUUGGGGCGGCGGGCGGCGCAAGAGCGACGGCGCUGAUCGAGACGGUGACAAGUGGGCCGUCGGCCGCGACAAGAGUGAGGUGGCGGCCACGGCGGCGGUCGGCGCGAAGCUGGUCGGCGAGGAGACGGCGGUCGAGGGCGAGGUCGAGGCGGCUUCCCGGGGCGAGGGCAUGGGGGGCGCGAGGUGCCGAGGGCUCCAGAGAUCCAAGGUUGGCCCCAUCAAGAACGGCCUCGCGCAGGGCCUCGCAGGCAAGCAGAAGGGGGCGAAGGGAGAGGCCAUCAAGAAGAACCCUCAGCAGGGCUUCAGAGACAAGGUGCAGGGCCUCGCGGCCCAGAUCAGGAAGGCGAUCAAGGAGGUCUACCAGCCUAUGGCUCAGUCUACGAUGGCUGGUGAGAACAUCCUUCCGGCAGCGCUGAUGGCCGGGCCGGCGUCGGCCGGGCCGAAGAAGGAACCAGUGGCCAAGGGGGCCACGGAAGAGUUCCUAGCCAGGCGCGAGGCUGCCUUAGCCGACGUUGCAUUGGCCAGCGCCGGAGGAGACACCGACGACUCGGGUCGCUCAACGGAGAACUACGGCUUCCCACCAGGGCGCGGGGGUGGGCGGGUUCCCGGCGGUGCUGCCGAGGCCGUGAGUCUCGAGCCAGGAGCGACGGUCGGCAUCCCGCAACAGACAGCGGCAGGGCCGCCUCCCCAGGUGCCGCGGCCGACGCUGUGGGGCGCGGCCGCCUUCGCCCCUCAGUGGCCUCCAGCGAUGCAGUCUCGGCUCGCGGCAGCGCUCGACGAAGUGCCUCGGCGCGAGGUCCCGCCGUCGACGGCGGGCGAGGAGCAGCUCUGUCCCGAAGAACCUUCCGCCCAAGCUGGGCGCUGGAUCGACGACGGCCGAUGCGUUCCAAGGAACGCCGUGGAGCAGCUCCUUCCCGGCUCGGCGGGGCUUUGCACAGGCAGUCCCGGAGCGGUGGCGGCAGCGACGGCUGCUAUUCCAGCCGAGCCCCCGCCCGAGCCAGCUCCCGAGUGCGGGCGUCCACGCGACGCUAUCAAGUACUGCGGCAAGCAGCAUGGCGCGCCCGGGAACAACGGCCCCCCCCAGCAGACCGCCGCCGAGGCAGCGCGGGCGGCGGCAGCAUCCGCUCAGAGGGCCGUCGGGGUGAUGCAGAACAGCCCGCAAUUUCAGGCACUGAACCGGACGAUGCAAGUCGUGAUGGGCCAGCAGCAGGUUCCAGCCUCCCAGGUCGAAGAAGGACUACAGCAUAUAUACUUGGGAGUGAUCGAGAUCUGUCGGCUGAUCCCAGGCUUCGAGGACUUCGCCGAGACGCUGGAUGGGAUCAACAAUGCGGUGAAUGGGAUGGUCACGACGGUCGGGAACAUCGGCAUGGCGGUCUCUCAGCUGGGUCAGAUGCUGGUCCAGAUCGGAACGGCAGUCACUGGACUGGUGCAGGUGGCCAACGCCCAGAUCCAGAUGCUGGAUCAGGGAGAUCCCCGGGUGAACUCGAGCAGCGGGGUCUCGGCCAGCGGGGGGCCAAACGGGGAGACGGAUCCAGGUUCUCCAGACGGUUGGGAGAUCAUUGCCGACGAUGCCGAGAUCAGUCAGCGAGUCAGAAGCAACCGAGAGGGCGAGAUCGAGGCCCCGCAGAG